AUGGCAUUAGAGACAGUGGUUCACCCUCAAGAACAAUAUAAUGGCUAUGUUUGUAAAGAAUUUUAUGGCUAUGAAAUGCAAGAAAGUUAUAUUCUUGACAACAAUUAUGAGUACACUUCAUCUUGUAAUUGUUCAAUGAUGCAAAAUGAAGCGGACCAAGCAUCAAUAAUUGGAGGAGCCAUAAACUUUGUAAAAGAGCUAGAGCAUAAUCUCCAAUUUCUACAAGCUAAAAAAAUAUUAAUUUCUCAUCUCGAAAAAAAUGAUAUAUUAUCAUCAUUACUUUUUGCUGAUUUCUUCUCCUUUCCAAGAUACUCGAAUUGUUCAUGUGAGUCAUCAGUAGCAGUGGAGAAAUCUCGAUCGCUACUGAUGAGUCAUGACAUACAAAUGAACUUAGUAGCGAGUCAUGUCAACCUCAAAAUACUCACAAAGAGAAGACCAAAACAACUCAUGAAGAUAGUAGUUGGCCUUCAAUGCUUGUGGCUAACUAUUCUUCACCUUAAUGUCACUACUAUUCAUAACCAAAUUGUUCUUUGCUCCAUCAGUGCUAAGCUAGAGGAAGGGUGCCAAUUGACAACAAUAGAAGAAAUCUCUCAUGCUGUUAACCAAUUAUUGGGUAGAAUUCAAGAAGAGGAGGCUACUUCAAGUUCAAACUAAUUA